GUCUUAGACUAUCUAUAAUAACCUAUUAUUGGCCUUCUACUAUUACUUGAUUGAAUUCAGUUGACGGUCAUCUUCUGUACCACUCCUCCUCCUCCUCCUCCUUUUCUUCACCUCCGCUUGUCACACAACCACAGACAAUUCAAGGAUAUCGUACAACCUCAAACACACCUAACCGUCAUUACGACAUCUUAUUCCAUCCUCAUCAUUUAUAGUUGAAACAAGCAGAGUUGCACGAUCCUGAUGCCGCCCCCAUCUCCACUCGGUCCACCUCUUGCGGGGGGAUUCGCUCGGGGAUUUCUCUCCACCGACUCACGACACGAAUCAUUAUAAUAACAGUCAAUCCUCGUUCCACGAUCCCCUUUUUCUCGUUUCCAACCUUCCCCCCCCCCCGCACGGCCGCCCCCAUGAAUCCAUCGCCAUGGUCUACGAAAGCUCCCUGGGCAACGGCGUCUCGGGAGACUAUCGUGGCCACAGUCUCGGGGUACGCAUCACGAUAGCCACCCUGGCCGCCAUCUCCUGGUAUAACGCGGUGGAGCUGGUCAUCCUCGUCUUCGUCACCUUCCAUCGCUUUCGGGGCUUAUACUUCUGGAGCCUGUUGGUCUCGUCGGCCGUGGGUCUCGUCUGGUACAGCCUGGGCUUCCUGCUCAAGUUCUUCGGGCUCGUCUCCGUCCAGGCCGCCUGGCUGCCCGUCACCAUGCUGACCAUCGGCUGGUGGUGCAUGGUGACCGGUCAGUCGGUCGUGCUCUACUCGCGUCUUCAUCUGGUGAUGCGCAAUCCGCCCGUGCUGCGCUGGGUGCUGCGCAUGAUCGUCGUCGACGCCGUGCUGCUGCACCUGCCCACCACCGUGCUGACCUACGGUGCGAACCUGCAUCCCGCCAACUACGCCUUUGUCUACGGCUACUCCGUCAUGGAGAAGAUCCAGAUGACCGGCUUCUUCCUGCAGGAGACCAUCCUCUCCUCGCUCUACAUCUGGGAGACCGUCCGCCUGCUCCGCAUGGAUCCCAGCCGGGAGAAGCGUCGCAUCAUGUACGAGCUGAUCGUCAUCAACGCCGUCAUCAUCCUCAUGGACGUCGUCCUCCUCAUCCUCGAAUACAUGAACAACUACAUCAUGGAGACCAUCCUCAAGGGCACCAUCUACAGCAUCAAGCUCAAGCUCGAGUUCGCCGUCCUCGGCAAGCUCGUCCGCCUCGUCGGCCGCCAGCAGCAGCAGCAAGCCCCGUCGGUCGUCCUCCCGGUCUCCCUGCCCCCGGCUCCCACCAACUUCCCGGACUUUGUCGAUUCCUCCCGCUUCACCUCGGAUGUCACCCACGCCGCCUCCCCAGCUACCCUGUCCUCGUCCUCGCGCCGUACCAACCACCCCUGGAUGGACGCCGACGCCGUCUCCAUCGCCAUGUUCGAGCACUCGCCCUCUGUCCGCGAAACCCGCCGCUCCGACUUGUCGGUCUCGUGGAGCGGCGAGACCAAGACCUCCCCGGUAGACUUCACCGAGCGCACCAAAUACUCCUACUCCCACGAUGUAGAGCGAUAGGAACUAGAUGUCGUAUUCUCUUCGCCUUGUCGUUCUAUCCUAUUCCACCUAUGAUACCCUUAUACCUAUGUACAUACAUUACGAACUAUAGUUACGAUUUAUUUACUUCCUCAUCUAUCU